AUGGUGCUGCUGGCUGGGGAGCUGCUGCCGCCGGGCAAGGGGGAUCGUCUGCUUUCAGUUCGCUCCUGCUGCCGGAGAUGGCUUCUUCUACCUGAUCCUGCCGCUGCUGCCCCGCUCUCCGCUUGCUGCUGCUCCUCCUCCGGGAGGAGGCGGAGGUGCACGGAGGAAGAUGGGGGGGUCACCUUCCACCCGCCACGGCUGCCUCGUGAGCUUGCAGUUCAGUACGUGCUGAACCACCGCCGUGAGCAAGACAGGGGGACCCCGCACGGAGCCGUUCAGGUCCCGGAGGCGGCGGCUUCCCUGAGCGCCGGCGGAACUGUGGCAGUCCGAGAGCAGCAGCAGCAGCGGCGGCGGCAGCAGCGUGGCGAGCGGCGCCGCCUGCUCCUCACUCACAUCCUCGCCGCUGCUCGCAGUCCGAGCGCGGGGUGCUGCGCGCCGCCGCGUGUGGCUGCGCGCCCCCUCCGCCGCGCCGCGCUCCCCCCGCGCCGCGACGCCCCUCCCCUUCUCCGCGCCGUGCUCCCGGCUCGGCUGCACCCGGGCGGGGCCCCGCGUCACCGCCGAGCGCCCGCGCCCCACUCCCCUCCCCCCGGCCGCCGGCGCGGAGCCCACUUGUUGCGCGGGGUGCGCAUGCCCGGCGCGCUGCCCGCGCCCUCCCCGGCGCGGCCGCAGCUGGAGCGCGGCGGGGCGCGGGCAGCCUGCGCUGCCGGCUAUGUUUGGAAACUUGAACGCCAGAUCGCGCCCUCACCCUCCUCCCCGGCCGUGCUGCCGGCCCCCCGCCGCGGCACCGCGGCCAGGGCGCGCAUGCACAGUUGCCGUCGUGGUGGCGGUGUGAUCCCAGUGACAGAAUGACACAGUUUUUGUAAGCCUGUGACUGCAUCAGAAGCUCUUCCACUUUUGAUUUGUUUAAACCAGCCAUGUUUGCCAAGUGUUUAAGGUUGGGCUGGGAAAGAUAGUGCUGUGAAUUGCUCAAGGGUGUAGGAGAGGCCAGGCAGGGGAAAAAAGACUACUUACUGCUUCUACUUAGUGUAGAAGCAGUAAGCAGAGAUAGAAAAGUCUUCGAAUUAUGUGAGUCUCCUGUAUGCAAAUUGGCUGAAGAAGAUGCGCUAAAGAGGAGUGGAUUUCACACUUAGAAAUUUCACACCUAAACUGUGGACAUUACAGAAGCUUCACAGAAGCAUGGCAGAUGAAAGCUGGUCAAAGUAAAAGUCUUUACUUCCAGCCACAGUGAUUUAGUGAUGGCUGCAGGAUUUCUACAUCAAUAUGUCUUUACUUGACUAAACAAGCAUGUGUUCCCUCUGAUUCAUACUGGAAUGUCAUCUCCUUUCCUAUCCUUUUACUGCCCCACGUUGAUCUUCAUAUGAGGAGCUGAACUGGGCUGUGGUAAAAGGUCAGCCUCUGCUUAAAAAACUCGGGUUGAGAGAGCUGAAGCUUUGCCUUCAUCCCGCAUGUCUGGGAAUGCAGAACUGCAGCAUAUCCUGACUGCAUUUCAGUCCCCGGGUUACACAAAUCCAACACAUGACAAGGCACUCCGUGUGCUUGAACUACCCCUCACCCUGGAUCCUUGCUCCACUGAAUCCUCCUGCAAGAAAGCCCUUUUUUGGUAAACUCACCUCACAGGAACAGACUUCUUAGCUCACAAAAACAGUCUUUAUAGUGGGUGUAAAUAAUAAUAACCUUAGAUAUAAUCUAGCCUCAGAAAACCAUUUACAGGUGCUGUCAACUCCCUUUAUAGUUUGUGAAUAGAAAAAGAGAGAGAUUAGCAUCUGUGACCCGACCAAACUGCCUUUACUCUUACUUGCAGCAUACACAGUUGCGGAAAUAUGUUUGUCUUUCCGUAAUGAUUAAACUUUGAUUUAAACUUUGGUCAUGGGCACGUACUGUACCAUUACGCAAGCGGCACUUAAGGAUGAAGUGUCAGCAUAGCAACAAUAUGGCCAGCAGCAGCAGUGAUCUCUGCAAAGCUGAUUGAUGAAGAGAACUGCAAUGUAAAUGCAAAUAAAUGCCACGCUGUGGCACCUUCACAGGGAACGACUUGUCAGUAUCAAUCUAAUCUGGGUAGGGAAAAAUAGAUUGAACGGUGGCAAUGUAACAAGCUUCACAUCUAUGGCAGCGCUGUCCUUGCGAGGGUAGCAGCAAGCUUUCCUGCUCACCUUCUGCCUUUUUUUCUUUGCCAUGUGAGUGACGGGACAGGAGCAAUCCAGGUCGGUCUUGAUGGAUUUAUACUAAAACAUGUCUGGUGUUUAUCUCUGAAAUAAUCCAGGGAUUAAUAUUACUUUUGAAGGAGGCAAAGAGGAAGCCCAAACAAUGAAUCCAUUCAGGUGUCUAAUCUGGCUAACUGAAAGAAAGAAGCGAGCAAACAAAAAAUAGCAUAAGUACCCCCCAAACAGUAGAAUGUUUAGUGAGAUGAAGGGGAGUGCAAGGAGGAAUGGAGCUGCAGCUGUGAACAAUUGCCACCCAGCUACUGCUUUUUGUGCAGGAACACAAGUCAACACUGUGGAUGUGGUGUUAGGGAUUCUGCAGAGAUUGCCCAAAGUUUAUGACCUGCCAGUAGUCCCAAGGGACAAGGACUAUAAUUUUUACAAUCAGAAGUGAAAUCUACUAAUUCCUCUCUUUCAGUGCUAGGAUAAAUACUGCCAUCCGAUAAUCCCUUUCCCUUUGUUCCUAUUGCCAUCUUUAUUUGAAGGUACACACAUCCACAUAUGGGUCUGUGUAACAGUAAAACGGUAGGUGAAGUAUCAAUUCAUUUAAAUUAAGGAAUCAAAAUGAUCAUACAAAAUACGGCGUGCAGGAGCUGGCCACUACCUUUCUUAGUGCCACCAGCAGGUAUGGAAAGCAGAGGGUGUAACACACCAUGAAGGACAAAGUGACAAAACCCAGGUGGUCUGGCUGCACCACUCCGUGCCACUCCCAGCCAUGAGCUCCCAAAACACGGGGGUUACUGCUGAUCUGGAUGAGAAAGGAGUACUGUGGAUUAUCGAUCAGCAGUCCAGCGUUAAUUAUGCAGAAUAUAGGACAGCCCCAAAGUUUGCAAGCGAUAAUAAUUAGGAGCCUAUGAUCUCAGCAGCUUGGGAAUGAACAGUCUGGUCUGGCUCUAAAUGCUCACAGCCUGGGAAUAUGUUUAACUCUUUCCUGCUUGCUUUACAAAGUUUUGGCACUGAUCACUGCAGCCGGCACAGCAGCUGGCUCUUCUGCAGGCACUCACCUACAGAAAUGGCUCUUCCUUUACUGAUCAAAACAGCAGCCGGAAAAAAAUACAAGAACGAGAAGGGUAGCGCACUCCAGAAAGUGUAAUUUACAUGGAUUUACCUCAGAAUAGCAAAUAAAAUCCGUCACAAUCAAAUGAUUUCAAAACAAUGCAGAGAUUAGCAGUGAACAGAGCACUUGGUGGUAAAGAGAGUGUGUUCAACAAAUCAAAACACAAACACUUCAGGAAGAAGUUGCAUAAUUUUGUCAAAUUAAAAGUUAAACAACAUUGUCUUCUACUAGAAGCUGCCAGGAAGUGUCAAAACACUCAGUUACAAAGAAUAGGAGUAGUUACAUGUUUCUGUUUAUCGUUUCAGUUCUCAUCUCAUUAUAAUUCUGGU